AUGGACGAGGGUUCGGCUACGAAAGGCACUCGCCGCAAAAGGGUCUCACGUGCCUGUGAUCGCUGCCGUAGUAAGAAGGACAAAUGCGAUGGGAUUCGGCCGACAUGUUCUGCUUGCCAGGCAUCGGGUCAGGCCUGUUCAUACGAUCCGAAUGCGCGAAAGCGAGGACUGCCUGAAGGCUACGUGCGGGGUCUCGAAAAGCUAUGGGCACUCUCAAUAUGCAACAUUGAGGGGUUCGAAGAUGCCAUGCUGACAAUGCUCGGCGCGACUGAACGGGCUAGUGAUAGGAGAGACCGGAUGAUGCAACUAUGGACAGACGAAGGGGCGUCGGAUAAUCUACAUGAGCUAUGGAAGACGAGCAGGCUGUGUCGCGCUUUGGAGAAAAUGCUCUCACCCGCAGAUUCAGAACAGACGCAAUCACCGACGAAGAGACAACGCGAAGACGAUGGUAAUGAUACCUAUUAUGGAUCCUCGAGCCAGUGGGGGUUUCGGGUUGGCCACGGCCAAGAUCUCGUUGGAGUUGAAGGCCCGCGAGUCGUUGAGCCUGCAUCAACACCACUGGCUAAGAGACCAAGACUCUCGUCAGCUACAGAAAACAAUCUGUCAGUAUUAGGCAAACCAAAUAACCGACAGAACUUGCCACUUCCAUCUCAUGCGCCUCAGCUGCUGGAAACAUACUUCUCCAAGACUCAUCCGUGGUUUCCAAUCAUUCUGAAGCACAAUAUUCUACGCGCGUCCUAUUUGUAUGCAAACGGUGCAUCUCAUGCUGGUAUCUCAUCCACAGGUUCGGGGGAUCAUGCUGCACUGUGGGCAAUACUGAGUUACACCACCGGACAAGAAUAUAGAGGUAUCCAAGAGCACGGAGCUUUCGUACAUGAUCCUUUAGGCCAGGCCAGAGAAUUUUAUUCUAUUGCGCGGAGUUUGAUACCUUCCGAAAAAGACAAGUUUGAUCUUGGUCAUAUCCAGGCCUUGUUGCUGCUUACAUUGGUCAACGUUGGCCUGGAAGAUUGGACCGCAGCCUGGUUAUUGAGCGGUCAAGCAGCCAGGAUGGUGGAAGCCAUGGAACUGCCGAAGAAUCUAGAAAGGCAUCGCUCAGACGAAGCCCGCCAGCGAAAAGCAGUUUUUAUGGGAUGUUUCAUAAUAGACUCAAUCCUUUCCGUUCGUCUUUCCCGGCCUCCUUGUCUAAGAGGGUACGACGCUAUUCUGCCUGGUCAGCUUGAAGAGGACGGUCUUGAAGAAUGGAAUUCUUGGGUUGAUGUGCUACCAUCUCAUGCGGCACUUGAGAACAUAAAUGCGCCACAUAGAGGCCCUCUAAUGGCUCUCAGCUGCUUCAAUCGUUUGUUUGAACUGACGAGCCUCCUCAACAAGGUUUCUUUGCAGCCUCCGCAAGCAGCAAAUGACCAACACUUUGUUCAACAAAUAUUAAUAGAGCUCAGGUCAUUAGAUGACCGACUUCCAGCCGGAUGCCGUUUAAUCGGUUCUGAAAGCGAUCAGGCCGAGAACCGUUCGGCCCUUCUUCCCCAUCAAAGCUACUUAUACAUUGUAUACGCAUCAACGCUACUGUUGCUAUAUACAAGACAACUGAACCAGGGCCAUUCUAUGCAGGGGAAUUCUCAAAUAAUCUUUGACAGCAUCAAGAACAUCCUUUAUCGCACGCUGGACGUUUUAUCACAUCACAUGGAGAAUUUCCAAGCAUGCGGCUUCCCUCCAUUAUCCGAAUUUUCCUUGCGGUCAAUCAUAGAGUCAUUGAUGUCUGUGCGAGCAAAACUCGAAGCAGUCGGCUUUCCUGUUUCAAAGUGGAUGAAUAUUUAUCUUCAAAAACUCAAUGAACUCGGUUUACCCUGGCCAGUCUUCAGAUCACUGAGAGAUACAAUGGUGAAUCUUGUCUAUGGUUCGCCUGGUGCAUAUCCAUUGCCACAGCAAAUAUCAAGUGGAAGCAUAGAUACCGGGAACCAGUCUUACCCUCACCCCUCCGACCCGAAAAUGCCUUCUUCGUAUGUUCCAAACAUACGCAAACCUAGUAUCACGCCUACAGACAGCCGGUACAGCCCUAUAAACAGAAACUGGAGCUCUGGCUACAGCCCCAAACCUCAUAAUAGCCACAAUUUAUUACAGCCAGAGGGGAUGUUUGCAACAUCACCUAAACCCGGCACCGAAAAUUUACACUCUUCCGCUGCUAUGGAUGCUUCCAACCAAGACCAUACGGCAGCCGACAUCCUUGGCAAGUUAAUGGGAAGCGGGAAAGCAAAGUCUUCAUCUUCCGACUCCAACGACCCUACAAAUCUUCUCAGUCACAGACCUCGUCAACCGGAAACUCCCGAAUCGGCAAAACCCCAACCUAGCGUCUCUGGCUCUACCGACCGAUUCCCCCCUCUUCACGGCGGGUUCAAUGUUGGCCAGGGCGGAACAUACAUGACCGAUGAGGCAUCGUCGUCUCCGAAUGAUCUUGAUUCAAUCUUCAAGGAACUGGCAUACUUGGAUACCACCGACUGGGCUAAUAGCCGUCAAGAAGGCCUCCGAGAUUUCGGAUUUAUGGAUGAUAGCACCUUCCAAGCAUUCUGUCACGACCCUGAUCGAUUAGUUGGAUCACGCCCACUUGUGCUGCCAACGGCCAUGUCGAUUGCAGAUAUAUGGCCACCUCCAGGAUUCUUCCCAGAGGCAUUCCAAGGCAACAACACCAACCCUCCAAAGGAAGGCGUCAGACCGGAAUGA